AUAUUCUCCAUUAAACCCAAUCAAAUAGUUUUCUUUUUACUUGUAAAAGAUGAAGUUCUUUGCUUCUUCUUCUUCUACUUCGUUCACUUGGACAACCUUAAUCACAUUGGGAUGUCUUAUGCUAUAUGUCUCUUUGUCCGAUGCUCAACUUACCCCUACCUUCUACGACAAUUCAUGUCCUAAUGUUACUAACAUCGUACGAGAUACCAUUGUCAACGAGUUAAGGUCAGACCCUCGUAUCGCCGCGAGCAUCCUCCGUCUUCAUUUCCACGACUGCUUUGUAAAUGGUUGUGACGCAUCGAUCUUGUUAGACAACACGACAUCAUUUCAAUCAGAGAAAGAUGCAUUUGGAAACGCAAAUUCGGCUCGGGGAUUUCCCGUGAUUGAUAGAAUGAAAGCCGCAAUAGAGACGGCUUGCCCAAGAACCGUUUCAUGCGCAGAUAUGCUCACCAUCGCGGCUCAACAAUCUGUUACUUUGGCGGGAGGUCCUUCUUGGAGAGUUCCUUUGGGAAGAAGAGACAGCUUACAAGCAUUUUUGCAACUCGCUAAUGCAAAUCUUCCUGGUCCAUCCUCCACACUUCCACAACUUAAAGAUAGAUUUAAAAAUGUUGGCCUCAACCGUACUUCUGAUCUCGUAGCUCUUUCCGGUGGUCACACAUUUGGUAAAAACCAGUGCCGGUUUAUUAUGAAUAGACUAUACAACUUCAGCAACACCGGUUUACCCGACCCUUCUCUCAACACUACUUACCUACAAACUCUCCGCGGAUUAUGUCCCCGUAAUGGUAAUCUAAGUGCUUUGGUGGAUUUUGAUCUGCGUACGCCUACGGUUUUCGACAACAAAUACUAUGUGAACCUUGGUGAGCGAAAAGGUCUUAUCCAGAGCGACCAAGAGUUGUUCUCUAGCCCCAAUGCCACAGACACAAUCCCUUUGGUGAGAUCAUAUGCUAAUAGCACACAAACCUUCUUUAAUGCGUUUGUGGAGGCGAUGAAUAGGAUGGGAAAUAUCACACCUCUCACAGGAACUCAAGGACAAAUCAGGUUGAAUUGUAGGGUGGUGAAUUCCAACUCUCUACUCCAUGAUGUGGUUGAAAUUGUUGACUUUGUUAGCUCUAUGUGAGAAUAUAUAUGUGAGAGUUGAUUAAAUAUGUGGCUACCCCUACCAGAAUAUAUAUGUUAAGACAAU